GGCCUCGAGGUGUACGGGACCGCCGCCGCCGCACGCGGAGCACAGCCUGGGCCCGGCCGCCGCCAUGGCCUUGGCCAAUUACAGCAGCUUGAACCGGGCCCAACUCACCUUCGAGUACCUGCACACGAACUCGACCACCCAUGAGUUCCUUUUUGGUGCCCUUGCUGAGCUUGUCGAUAAUGCCAGAGAUGCAGAUGCCACGAGGAUUGACAUUUACACUGAGCGCCAGGAAGAGCUGCGAGGUGGAUUCAUGCUGUGCUUUCUGGAUGAUGGGUCAGGAAUGGAUUCCAGUGAAGCUGCCAGUGUCAUUCAGUUUGGGAAGUCAGCCAAGCGCUCCACCGAGUCCACCCAGAUUGGGCAGUAUGGGAAUGGCUUGAAAUCGGGCUCCAUGCGGAUCGGGAAGGACUUCAUCCUCUUCACAAAGAAGGACAACAGCAUCACCUGCCUGCUGCUCUCCAGGACCUUCCACGAGGAGGAAGGCAUCGAUGAGGUCAUCGUUCCCUUGCCCACCUGGAAGGCGCGGAGCCGGGAACCCCUGACUGACAACAUGGAGAAGUUUGCCAUCGAGACAGAGCUCAUCUAUAAGUACUCCCCUUUCAAAUCAGAGCAGGAGGUGAUGGAGCAGUUCAGCAAGAUCCGUGGGGACAAAGGCACCUUGGUGAUCAUCUUUAACCUCAAACUGAUGGACAACGGAGAGCCAGAGCUGGAUGUGACUUCUGACCCCCGAGACAUCCAGAUGGCAGGGACACCCCCAGAGGGAACGAAGCCGGAGCGCCGCUCCUUCCGCGCCUACGCCGCCGUGCUCUACAUCGAUCCCCGGAUGAGGAUCUUCAUCAACGGGCACAAGGUCCAAACCAAACGCCUCUCCUGCUGCCUCUACAAGCCAAGGAUGUACAAAUACACUUCCAACCGGUUCAAGACCCGUGCAGAGCAGGAGGUGAAGAAAGCAGAGCACGUGGCCAGGAUAGCUGAGGAGAAGGCUCGAGAGGCAGAGAGCAAGGCCCGAGCACUUGAGCUGCGCCUGGGAGGGGACCUCACGCGGGAGUCCAGGGUGACGCUGCGCCAAGCCCAGAACUCAGCCAUAACCCUGCGCCGGGAGGCUGAUGUGAAGAAGAGGAUCAAGGAGGCAAAGCAGCGGGCACUGAGGGAGCCCAAAGAGCUGAACUUCAUCUUUGGGGUGAACAUCGAGCGGCGCGAACUGGAUGGGAUGUUCAUCUACAACUGCAGCAGGCUCAUCAAGAUGUAUGAGAAGGUGGGGCCGCAGCUGGAGGGUGGCAUGGCAUGUGGUGGAGUGGUGGGUGUGGUGGAUGUGCCCUAUUUGGUUCUGGAGCCAACCCACAACAAACAAGACUUUGCUGAUGCCAAAGAGUAUCGACACUUGCUGAAGGCCAUGGGAGAACAUUUGGUUCAGUAUUGGAAGGAUGUUGCCAUAGCCCAGAGAAGCAUCGUCAAGUUUUGGGAUGAGUUUGGUUAUUUGUCAGCAAACUGGAACCAGCCUCCCUCCUGUGAGCUGCGCUACAGACGCCGGCGAGCCAUGGAGAUCCCAACCACCAUCCAGUGUGAUGUGUGUCUGAAGUGGAGGACUCUCCCUUUCCAGCUGAGUUCAGUGGAGAAGAACUACCCUGACAGCUGGGUGUGCUCCAUGAACCCUGACCCUGAACAGGACAGAUGUGAGGCUCCAGAGCAGAAGCAGAAGGUCCCCCUGGGAACUCUGAAGAAAGACCUGAAGUCACAGGAGGAAAAGCAGAAACAACUGACAGAGAAGAUCCGGCAGCAGCAGCAGAAGCUGGAAGCUCUGCAGAAAACCACCCCCAUUCGAUCUCCAGCUGACCUGAAGAAGCUGCCCCUGGAAGUGACCACACGGCCAGCAGGGGAGAGCACCCAGUCCCAGACCCGACCCCAGCGCCCCCGAUCUCCUCCUCUACCUGAUGUAAUCAAGAAUGCUCCCAGCAGACCGCCAUCAUCUUCACCUCUUUCCAAGUCCAGCAGUCAGCUGAAAAAGAGCUCUUCAGCUUGGCCAAGUCUCAGCACUCCCAAAGUGGCAAACAUGCCCUCCAAGGAGGAGGCCAGCACUUCCAGGCUGCAGCAGCAGGCUGUGACAGCUGGCAAGUGCAACAGCACUUUAAAAACUCUGAGCAAAACAGGCACUGCAGCAAAGCCAGCAGCUGGGGGCCUGCAGAACCCCAAAAGCUCACGGGAGGCAUCUAGUCCAAGAGCUGCCAAGGUGCCAGCACUAAAGAAAUCUACCCCUGUCAAACAGGCCUCAACCACUCAGAAAAGGACCUGGAACCCCACAGAGGAUGAGUCUGAGGAGGAAGGAGAGCACAAGAAGGAGAAGACAAAACGAGGCAAAUUUGCAGCAGUGAAAGGAGACAGGAGAGGCUCCAGUGAGGUGGUAGUGGAGCUCACAGACAGUGCUGGGGAAGAAGAGCUGGCAGAACUGAAGAAAGCUCAGAAAGACAAGGGGCUGCAUGUGGAGGUGCGUGUGAACAAGGAGUGGUUCACCGGCCGCGUCACGGCGGUGGAGCUGAGCCGGCAGGUGGUGCGCUGGAAGGUGAAGUUUGACUACGUCCCCACAGACACCACCCCCAGGGACCGCUGGGUAGAGAAGGGCAGUGAGGAUGUGAGGUUGAUGAAGCCUCCCUCUCCUGAGUACCAGGCUCCAGACACGCAGCAGGAAGAGGAGAUUGUUGUGGCUGAACCUUCUACCUUGGACUGUGUCAGAAUUGAGCCAGACACCACUGGUCCCAGCAGCAGCCAAGAAACAGUGGACUUGUUAGUGCAGAUCCUUCGGAACUGCUUGAGGUACUUCUUGCCUCCGAAUUUCCCCAUCUCCAAGAAGGAGCUGAGUUCCAUGAGCUCAGAAGGGCUCUUGGCAUUUCCCUUGAAAGAGUAUUUCAAACAGUAUGAGGUAGGUCUGCAGAACCUCUGCAAUUCAUACCAGACCCGUGCUGAUGCCCGGGCCAAGGCCUGUGAAGAAAGCCUCCACAACUCAGAGAGGAAGCUGAAGGAAACAGAGGAGAAACUGCACAAGCUGAGGACUAAUAUCGUGGCUCUUCUGCAGAAAGUGCAGGAGGACAUUGAUAUCAACACAGAUGAUGAACUGGAUGCUUACAUCGAGGACUUGAUCACAAAAGGAGACUGAGCAGCCCCAGUCCAAGGCCUGAAAGAGUGCAGGGGAGCUGUGAUGGGAGUGCUGUGGGUUCUGCAGGGAAGGACUGUGGCAGCUGAUGAAGAGAAGAGGACUUUUCCACCAUGCUUGUACUGAUGUCCACCUGGUUCUCCUGAGUGGACAUGGCAAAGGCACUUGUGCUGAUGGCAGGAUGGUUUUUGAUGCUGUAGUACUCUGAAAUCUCAUCCUUUUUGUGUAUAAAUAUUUAUUUUUGAAAGAAACAGGAACUGUGCCUGACAGGAUGGAAGCACUGCUGUGUAUUUUUGAGGGAGGUCAAAGUGUGAGUUACCCUUUUUUUUGUGCAUCUGGGAUGUAUUCAUCCACCAGAACUGGAAGAGCAGAGCAUCCUGCCAGGCAGGGUUGUCUCAUGUAAAGAACAGCAUCUUAAUAAACCUUGAAUUAUAGGAAGAGGUCUGGGCUUAGACUUUGAAGAUCCUGAACCUGGGCUAAAGAAAACCCAAGUCAGGAAUUUGAGCUGCUUGGAGGAGAUCAAAGCACAGCCCAAGCCUGAGUUUGAGUGCAGGGGGUGGAGUCUUGGUGGUUCUUAAGAGCUGGAGGGAGGUGGCUGGUACCUGGCAGUGCAGUGAGGUUCCUGAAUGUGAGGUGUCUCUGCUAGCAGUCAGAUGCUGAGGGUGGCAGAGGGUUGUGAUCAGCAGAGGGAGAAGGCUGGAGCUGAGAUCCUUUUAUAGCAGUCAGCCUCUCACAUACUUUGCUGAGAGAGAAAAGGUGGAAGUAAAACUACAACAGCAGCGAAAUCCUCGGCCAGCUGAGAAUAAAGAGACCACCCUC